GGACGAGAUCUGGUGGUGCCCUGCAAAGAAGGCGAUCCCGACCGGGGAGAUGUUGGUGAACCCUUCUGGCUGAAUCCCAGCAGGGCGAAAGGCACCGUGCUUUUCUUGACCAUCCCUUGGAAGGGCCACAUUGUGCACUUGCGAAGAAUAGGCCAAUGGUUUAAAGGGCGUCCAAACUACAAGAUACACUUUGCUUGUAUGAAGGAGGAUGAGGAAGAGCUCAAGAACCUGGGGGAGCUACACGUCACCGAGGGCGAUGAGUGCGUGAGUUCUCCCUUCUUCGCAACGAUCGAGGAUGGUUUUCGGGCCAUUGUGCGCAGCUCUGGUACGGAGCAAUCAGAGGGUGGCUCCACACUGUUCCUACAUGUGUUCAGGUGUAUGGCUGAGUACUCAGAAAAGAAGCAGGAUCCCAUGGCAGCCUUUAUGUCCUUCUGCUUCCGUGUGCUUUGUAGUGUGAAGCCAGAUGUCGUCGUGUGUGAUGGCUUCUGCAUGAUGAAUAACUUGGUGCCUGCUUGGUGUGCGGCUGAAAAGAUCCGGCUGCUUCCGGUGCACUCACCAGGAAUUCCGGAGGAUUAUGACAAGAACACUGCGAAGGAUGGUGCGUCCAAUGGUGAACCACAGAUCAAAAUCGCUCCAGAGAUCAUGGCAAAGGUCAUGGGUGUCUCUGUGGAAUUUAUCAAGGCUAUGGAACAGAAAGUUGAUCCAAGUCAAUUGCCACAGGUGAAUUCGAGUGAGCUAACCCUCACCGGUUUGAUGAACACUGUGGCUGGGAUGCCACCCGAGAUGGUGGGCUUCAUGACCUCUCCCCUGGCGAAAAAGCUGAAAGUGCCUUUGAAGGUGGCCAGUGCUAUCUUAAAGAACCUGAAGCGGGAUGAUUAUGUCGCUGAGAUCUAUGCCAGCACCAGGAGUGUCGUCGGCCAACGGACCUUGAAGGAGCGGAUCCUUUUCUGCAGCCCGCUGCUGCCUCUUCCUAAACCGAUGGAGAACGGUUGUUUGCAGAGGAACCGUGAAAGCUUCGAGGCGACCUUGGCACCCAUUGACAAAGAUCUCUUGGACUGGCUCUUCAGUGAAGAAGACACGGGUCCAAUCGUGUAUGUUGCUUUUGGAAGCAUUGUGAGACCAAGCAAGGAGAUGAUUGAAAAGCUAGCCAAAGCGCUAGAUGGUGGUGACAAAUGGCGUGUCCUAUGGGUCUUACCCGACGAGCUGCAAAGCUUCCUUCCCAGCGAACGGCCCGCUUUGGGGCGAUGGCGGGUGGAACGUUUCGUACCACAGGCAGAUGUCCUGAAGUGUGAGAGGGUGCGAUGCUUCCUGAGUCACAUGGGUGCGAACAGCACCACAGAGUCGCUGGUGUGCAGCAUACCCAUGCUUUGCUGUCCUUUCUACAUGGACCAGUUCGAAUGGACUUGGACGGUCUGUGAACAUAUCGGGGCUGGUUUGCAGAUUGGCAAAGCCUCGAGCUUCGAAGAGAUUCAGGCCAAACUGCAGAGGCUGUUGACUGAGCCUCAAUUCACUCAACGGGCAGCCUGGAUUUCGCAGGUCAUGCGCGCGCAGGCAGAUUUGAUGCUGGCGAAGCUGGGCCCAGCAAUGGCACCACCCGAGAACGGUCCGAACGGUCCUGCCCUGGGGGUGGGAGCGUGUGUGGCCGGUGCUGUAGUGCUGGCAGCUUUGGUGAAGGAGUCUCCGGACUGGCUGCUGAAGGCUGUGGCCGAAACCACUCAGAUGGCGGAGGCGAAAGUGCCAAAGCCUUGA